CAGUGCUCUGAGUUGAAUCGCUGCUGAGCGCCUGUUUGCCAUUUCUUCACAAUGGCUGUUAAAUUAAACGCCUUGAAUAGUGAUUCUUACAUCGACGUUAGUCAAUACAGAGACCAACAUUUUAAGGGAAACCGCUAUGAACAGGAGAAGCUGCUGAAGCAGAGUAACACUCUGUAUGUGGGGAACCUCUCCUUCUACACCACCGAGGAGCAGGUGCACGAGCUGUUUUCUAAAAGUGGAGACGUCAAGCGCAUCAUCAUUGGCCUGGAUAAAAUCAAGAAGACGGCCUGUGGAUUCUGCUUUGUAGAAUACUACACACGAGCAGAUGCAGAACAUGCGAUGCGCUUCAUUAAUGGCACACGGCUGGACGACCGAAUCAUCAGGACAGACUGGGAUGCAGGCUUUAAAGAGGGACGACAGUAUGGACGCGGUAAAUCUGGAGGACAGGUGAGAGAUGAGUACAGGCAGGACUACGACCCGGCCAGAGGCGGCUAUGGUAAGCUGGCUCAGCAGCAUGGACCCACAGAGGCACGCAACAGUUUUUAGACUAAACCCAACACAGCAGUCUGCCUGGACUACACAGAGCCCCGCCUCAGCCCUGGACUUUAUUCAUUCUCCAACAACAGGCUACCAGAGACCGUCGAUGUGACUUUUAACAUCUAACACUCUACAGCAGGCCUGCAUGGACCACUGGACUUCAGAAAUUAGCAGCUAUUUAUUUUUUUUGAGGCUUGGUUUUGUUCUGACUCACUCUCUAACUACCACACCUGCUGUCUGUCUCCAUGGCAAUACAGGCCAAACCCCAACAUGUGACGUUUGGUGAUGUUUCAUUAACCUGCGUAUAGGAAUGCCAUCAAUUUCGCUUCAGGCUGGAAUCUCUGACAAAAUGUGGUGGGAAAUUAUUUUUUUAAGUUUCAAAGUCAGGUUCAAAUAAUUAUCUGUUGAAGAAGUAGAAAGAAACAUGUUGUUGUCUCCUGUUUACCAGGAAUGAAACUGUUUGUCCCAAAUUGUGUAUACUUUUUUUUUUUUUUUUUUUAAUAAACAGAUUUUUUGACAUAU